GCCCCGGCCCAGCCCCGAGCCGCCGUCGUCUGCGGAGCACCGUCCCGACCCCCCUCCGCCAUGGCAGGGCUAGUAGUGAGCGGAGCCCAAGUGUCCUACAUUAGUCAAGACUGUGAAGAAAUUCCUGAAUUCCUGGGAAGAAAAUAUGGACAUAUGGCAAAAAGACUAGAUCUUAGCUUCAACUUGUUAAGGUCACUAGAAGGACUGAAAACAUUCACUUACUUGGAAGAGCUGAUCUUGGACAACAAUCUACUCGGAAAUGACCUUCUGCUACCCAGGUUACCCCACCUCCACACCUUAACGCUCAACAAGAACCAAAUAACAGAAUUAGAAAGCCUUUUGGAUCAUUUGGCUGAAGUUGUGCCCUCACUGCAGUAUCUCAGUUUGCUUGGAAAUGUGGCCUGCCCAAAUGAAUUGGUCUGCAAAGAAAAGGAUGAAGAUGACUACCAGAGGUACAGGUACUUUGUUCUGCACAAAUUGAAAAACCUGAAAUUUCUUGAUACUCGGCAAGUAACCAGGAAGGAGAGAGAGGAAGCUCUGGUUAGAGGUGCAUUCAUGAAAGUGGUUAAACCCAAGGAUGCUAAGGCCUCCAGCGAUGCUGCCUCAAUCUCUCCAGAGAUGAGCUAUACACCUCUACCUUCAGGAUCCAGAGACCUCACCAAUCACAGAGGCAUCUUGGGAAAAUGUCGCUACAUUUACUAUGGAAAACAUUCCGAAGGCAACAGAUUCAUCCGAGACGACCAGCUAUAAAACACUGCAUUCUUUCAUGCCACUUCAGUCCCUCCACACGAGAAGCACAAAUUGAAUCUAAAUUUUAAGCCUGUAACUAAAGUCCUCUAGUGCCUUCUGCUGACUUUGCCAGGCCUGUCAAGAUCAUCCUUCCAUCUCAGUCUGAGUAGUCACAUAGAGAUUGACAUGAUUGCCUUUAAGCAGGUCCCAUCCACCAGCGUGACAGACAGCUGUGGCAGAGCACCCAGCCUGACAGGAGGAGCGCAUGAUGGAUUGCCUGGUCCAGCUGCUGCACGCAGGAGAGCCGGGGUCACACCUGGGCCUUCACUGAGCAUGCUCCAUUGGCUGGCGCCACACAAAAGCAGCAUGUUUAUCUCCCCCUCGCCUGUUGAGUGAGAGUGCUGGUGAUAUCAAAGUGUUUACAAAAGAGUAGGGCUAUAAUUUCAGAUGAAAAAGCCCCUUAUCUGCUCUAAGUUUUUUUUUUUUUUCUUUUUUUUUUCUUGUGAAUUAAGUGCUUUUGUUUCUAUCAUCUCCUAUAUGCUCACACAAAUCCUCUUCACAGGGUAUUCUUGGUUUUUCCACAAAUGAACCUGUAUGGAUUACUCUUUUUUUCAACACGAAAAGAUAUAUCCAGAAAAUAUUUCAUCAGUGAACAAUCAAUUUGUAUUUUUGCUUAUAAGGGAAGGAAAAAGAUUUGAGCAGUUUUACAGACAAACAAAAUUUUCUAGUUAUUAAAUAACAUCUCAAAUUUGUUUACCUUGAUCUUCAGAAGAGGGGUCAUUUUUAAUACUGCAAUAGUAGCAUAGGUUCUCUCUGUAGUUGGAAAGGCACUCAAUUAUAAUAUUGACAGUGUAUAUUAUUCCUGGUUUAUUAUGCAAUAUAUAUUUUAGUUGUGUAGAGAGUGCAUUUAGAAUUAAGCACUUAAAUUUGGAAGGAAAAAAGGGCUUAAAAAGUGGGAUGUAAAAUAAAAUUGCCACCAGAUGGAUAUGAUUACUCAGCAGGGAAAAAUGUCAAUAAAAGUAACUGGCGGAAUUAACAUAAUUAACAGCUUUACUAAUAUGUUCUGGAGAAAAGUUCAGUUUAAUCCCAUUUGGAGUCUACAUAUGAAAGGCUACUGUGAAGUUUUCAGUGAAAAACCAACAAUGCAUAGCCUAUUUCUUGAUUCUCUGAGAAACGGAUUGAGAUACUUGGAAUCAUGAACAUCUUUCUGUGAAAAAUGAUCCUGAUAAUUAACAAAUAUAUCAUGUUCAGUGCUACUAGUUACAGUGUGAUUGGCACAGGAAUAUGCAAACAUACUGUCCUCUGGACUGUUCACAAUGCAUGCAUAUUGUUCCUGGCUGAGUGUCACCACUCUCUGGCUGCGUUUGGCUUGUCUGUAAUUAGAUGGUGCUCUUAAUUUACUUUCCUUAAGGAUAAAUGUUAAUUUUUAGAAGUUGUCCACUGUUUUUGUGCGGAGAAGUGAACUGCAUGUUUAAGCCAAUCACAAAAUUUGAUCUGUGUAAAAUAAAAAAAGUAAAAAAUUUGACUGAUGGAGUGACAGAGGAAAGUUUGCUGCUGCUGAGGGUUUGAGGCCUUGCACAGUAACUGGAAGACUUCAUUUACUCAAGAAGUCUGUAAUAAAUCAAGCAGAUACUUAAAAUCAGUGAUGAACAAUAUAGAGUGAUCUAGUUCAUACCACUUCCUACACAAACUGGUGUUUGGAAAGUAGGCUUUGGUCACUUGUAAUGAGUCUGCUAAUGUCCUGCAUAGUUACAAUAGUUACAAUGUCCUGCAAGUUAUCCUAGGAGAUACUAGAGAAAGGAAAACUACAGGCCCAUUUUUUUUUCUUUUUCUUUUUUUUUUUUUUACCCCCAGAAAUAGUUCUUAAAAGUAUUUAUGGCACUUGUCUUCUCUCUUGGCUACUGAAAUAACAGCAGUUCUUGUUUGUUCAUAUUAUAUUGUUCUUUUUGAAGCCUACACGUGUUUUGGCCAUGGCAUAUUAUAAGCAGCAGGUUCUGAAUACGGGUGUUUAGAAUAACCUAAUGUCACUUUCAGUCUGGUUGCAUAUAUGUUCUUGUCUUUAUAAAAGGCUUUAACCCUGCCUCAAACAAUAAACAGCACUUGCAAA